AAGUAAUUUCGCAGCCACCCAAAGAAGAAAAUUACAAUGGGAUACGACAAGCUCCGACGACCGGAGACCGGAAUAUCCUCAGAAUAAGAAGACAAGGCUUGUUAUGAUUUCAUUUAUUACUCUGGGAAUGAUUAUCGUCUCGGCUGUUAGUGCGGGGAUUGCAAUCGUGGUCCGUGAACGAGCUGGAUGCGCCACCACGAUCCGCCGUAAGCCCACCCAAGCUAUUUCCAGGACGUGUAGCAAGACUCGGUUCCCGAACCUCUGUGUUGACUCGCUCCUCCAGUUCCCUGGCUCGCUCAAUGCUAGCGAGCAAGACCUCGUCCACAUUUCGUUCAACAUGACGUUGCGGCACUUCAGUCAAGCACUUUACACAACGUCGUUGAUCUCCCCCGUCCGGAUGGAUCCACAAGUGCGGUCGGCGUACGACGACUGCCUCGAGCUUCUGGAAGAUUCCGUGGACGCACUCUCCCGGUCUCUCUCCUCCGUUGUUCCUUCUAAGGACGGCAACGACUCCAAAGGCGUUUCGUCAUCCCAUGACGUGAUGACAUGGCUGAGGUCAGCGUUGACAAACCACGACACGUGCACGGAGGGGUUCGAGGGAGUGAGCGGGGAAGUGAAAGAUCAAAUGGCGGCGAGACUGAAGAACUUAUCGGAGCUCGUGAGUAACUGUUUGUCGCUAUUCGCGGCGAUCGGUAAAGACGAUUUCGAAGGAGUAGUGUCGGUGCAGAACAGGAGGUUGCUUGCGUCUGGUGGUGAAAAUGUUGACGGGGAACAACAAUUCUCGAAAUGGUUGGGGAGGAAGGAAAGGCAAUUGUUGAACACUCCAGUGUCGGCAAUCCAGGCUGAUAUACUUGUCUCGAAAGACGGAAACGGCACCGUUAAGACGAUUAACGAGGCGAUUAAAAAGGCGUCGGAACAUAGUACUCGGCAGAUCAUCAUUUACGUGAAGGCAGGAAGGUAUGAGGAGGAAAAUUUGAAGGUGGGAAUGAAGAAAAUAAACUUGAUGUUUAUUGGCGACGGAAAGGGUAAAACAGUAAUUUCGGGAGGUAAAAGUGUAUUUGACAACAUGACGACGUUCCACACCGCUUCCUUCGCAGCAACCGGGGCUGGUUUUAUUGCAAGAGACAUGACAUUUGAGAACUGGGCCGGACCAACCAAACAUCAGGCUGUGGCUCUUCGUGUCGGGGCGGACCAUGCCGUGGUUUAUCGUUGUAACAUCAUUGGGUACCAGGACACUCUAUAUGUUCACUCCAACAGACAAUUCUACCGUGAAUGUGAUAUUUAUGGCAUGGUUGAUUUCAUCUUCGGUAAUGCCGCUGUGGUGCUCCAGAACUGUAUCAUUUACGCUCGGGAACCAAUGGCCUUACAAAAGAACACGAUAACGGCUCAAAACCGAAAAGAUCCGAAUCAGAACACAGACAUUUCAAUCCAUGCAUCUCGGAUUCUACCCACUUCGGGUCUCGUCGGAACCAACAGUAGCUUCCAAACAUAUGUAGGUCGUUCGUGCAAACUGUAUUCCAGGACCGUGGUCAUGAUGUCUUACAUGAGCAACCACAUUCACCCUAGGGGAUGGCUCCAGUGGAACGACACAUUUACCUUGGAUACACUAUAUUACAGCGAAUACAAUAAUAACGGGCCGGGAGCGGCAAUCGGGCAACAAAUCGGGUGGUCCAGGUAUAGAGUCAUUACAUCAGAGGUCGAAGCAAGCAAAUUUACAGUUGAACAGUUCAUUUAUGGGUCAUCAUGGUUACCAUCAACUGGGGUUGCUUUCUUGGCUGGUUUACAAAUUUAAAAUUUU